UGAAUAUGUUGAUACAAGAGUUUCCAGAAUCAUUAUUUAAAAUGGAAGUAAAAUUUCUUAAACUCCAGAACAGUUUUCUAUCCUUGGAUCUUAAAACUUGGACAUCAUACUCUAAUUUGUUGGAACGCAUUCACCACUCAAUUGACAAAGUCCUCGCACCAUUUAUUCUAGCCAUUGUUUUACACAGUGCUUGUGCUGCCUGCCUUGAAACAUACAUGCUCACCAAUACUAGUUAUGGAUCCCAAAAUAGUUAUUAUCUGUUGAGCGGAAUAUUUUUUACAAGCAUCACUCUCCUGCAAACGUACAUAUUUUGUGAAACAGGUCAACGAUUACGAAACAAUGCUCACCGGUUGGGAGAUGCUGUGUUCCAGGGUCCGUGGACCGAUCUUUCGGAGGAAAAACUACUUUGCGCACAAAUGCUGGAGGCUAGAUUUUCGAAAACGUUUGUAGUGCAUGUGGGCUCUUUUUUUGAAUUGUCGAUGGAAUUUUUUGGCACAAUUAUCGGUGCUGUUGUCACAUACUUUAUAGUGUUGGCCCAAAUGAAGAAAAAUAAUUGAUA